AUGGGGCCCACACCUCCUCGUGAUUGCAGACCUAUCGUCAUUUCUGGACCGUCGGGCGUUGGCAAAGGAACACUUGUCCAGAAGCUUUUUGACGAACAUCCCAACACGUUCGCUUUCGCCGUGUCUCACACAACACGUAAACCCCGAACUGGUGAAGUCGAAGGAAGAAAUUACUUCUUCGUCACUCCCUCUACAUUUGGCAACCUCAUCUCCCAAGAGGCCUUUGUUGAACAUGCAAUGUUCGGUGGGAAUCAGUAUGGCACGAGCAAAAGAACAAUUGCGGACCAAAUGGCCAAGGGGCUAGUUGUUGUGCUAGAUAUUGAAAUACACGGUGUCAAACAGAUGAAGGCUAACUCGAGCAUUGACGCACGCUAUGUCUUUAUAAAACCACCAAGCUUCGAGACUCUUGAGAGGCGUCUGCGAGGACGUGGCACUGAGAAGGAUGAGGACAUUCAAAAAAGACUAGCGCAAGCGAAGGCUGAAGUUGAGUAUGCGGAUACUAAAGGUGUUUAUGACAAGAUCAUUAUCAAUGAUGAUCUUGAGAAGGCAUUUAAAGAGCUCGAGGAGUUCGUUUAUGGCUGA